AUGCUCGCCUACCCGUUGCUCCUAACAUGUUUCUAUGGCGGAAUAACUUUUUUGGUCUAUACAAUUUUGAUUUUUAUUAUUAUCGCAAACUGGAAACACUUCAAUUCAACUUAUUACAAGCUUUUCAUCGUUGACUACUUUUUCGUAAGUUAAUGAAUCUGGAAGAAAUAUUCAGAAAUACUCACAAAGUGUAUAAAUAAGAAACCUUUUUUGUGUCAAAAAAUUUAUAUUUAAAAAAUGGGACAACUUUUGAAACGGACCGUAGGCUAGGUAUUGAGCAGUUCAUGUCCAAGUAUUCCGAUCAGAAUCAAACCAAUACCAAUUUCGGAGACCAGAAUUUUUUUUUUUGAAUUCAGUUCCGACAAAUUGGAACUAGUCUAUUAAAUUUUCAGAACUUGUUGACAUUCCUCAAUUCUUUCAUCACCCUCCGAAUCCCUCAAAAUACAUGCGCCAAAUGUGAUCUAACAGAUUUGCUCAGCCUACACACAAAAGAUAAUUAUUCCGACUUUCCUUUGUAUAUUUUCUAUACUUUGCAAUAUGGAAUGGCCUAUGUUCAAUAUUCAAUGAUUCUUCUUUUCUCUUUCAAUCGUUUUACAUCUGUUUAUUUUCUGAAUAAUCGUGAAUGGCUCUGGUCAAAAAUUUGGGUUUAUCUUAUCAUAUUAAUUUGCCUUUUCUCAUUCUUCUUAACUAGUGAUCUUUUAAAAUUCAGAGUUUAUUACUCAUAUUAUGAAACACUCGAUUAUUUUUCCACACAAAGUGAAGGGGUUUGUUUUUUUUCCAAUUUUCAGAUUUUUUAUUUAUUUUCAGGAUGUUCUCGGUACGUUUCGUAUUCUUAUUUAUUUUAUGAUAAUUGUGACAUGUAUCACAGCUGUUUUGAACAUUUCAUCAGUUUAUCAUCUGUACGAACUAACUUCCAAAAUAUCGCGAGCUGAGACAAAUUUGAUUUUGGUCAGUUUCUGGUCAUUCAUAAUUCAACUUUUUGCAAUUAUUAUAAUGGUGAGUUAGAAAUAUUACGAUGAUUAUCAAUAAUUUUUUAAAAAUUUCAGUCAGUUCAAAGUUUCGGAAUGAAUUCGAAUAACGAGACAAGUCCCUGGGCACGCUUCACAGUCCGAAUUAUUCCCUAUGUUAGUGACACAUUAACUUUAGGCCAACCUUGGCUUCUCUUGGUUUUCAGCAAAACAGUGAGUUGAAACAUAAAUAUAUAUUAUAUGUAUAGAGAUGAUUUUCCAGACUCGAACUCUUAUCUCAAGAAUUGGGAAGAAUGUUUUCAAGUGGAAUCCAACUAGUGUAUACAAUAUACAAAAUGAUAUUUUGUGA